GUGCGCAACGCACAGUUAGACAUCUUCCCAAAAUCAAACGAAAGGCACAGAGCAGCAACCGUGGGAAUCCAAUCCGGCGCCUUUUUUUUUAUCUGCACAUUCUCUCUGAACUGCUCUGCAUUUCAUAUUUCACAUUUAUUACUCAGACCAUGUUGGCUAUGCGUGGAUUGAGGCACGUCGCGGGUGGCUUUGCCGUGUGUUCGCUUCUCGUCACGGUGACGCUGGGGUCCCCGGUAGUAGGGUCAGAAACGAUCCGAUGCGCCCCGUGUACCCCGGAGCGGCUGAGCCAGUGUCCGGCGGUGGCGCCCGGCUGUGCCGAGGUGCUGCGGGAACCGGGAUGCAGAUGCUGCCUCGCCUGCGCACUGAAGGCGGUGGAGCUGUGCGGGAUGUACACGGCGCCUUGCGGCUCUGGACUGAGAUGCACUCCGAGACCCGGCGACCCCCGUCCUCUGCAUUCCCUCACCCGCGGACAGGCCGUGUGCACGGAGAGCGCUGCUCCGGCGCCCACCCCGGAGCCACAGACCCAAGAUCAAGGAGAGCCAGACGCGGAGAUGGACAACUCGGCCAUCAUCGGCUCCAGCUUCGUCCCCGGUCUCCCCUUUGACCCGCGGGCUGUGACCGAAGCACAGGAGAGCAUGAAAGCCCGACUCAUCGCCAUUCACAAGAAACUGGUGGAGCAGGGUCCGUGUCACCUGGAGCUGCUGACUGCUUUGGACAAGAUUGCCAAAUCUCUUGAGAAACUAGGAGAGAAAUUGACCAGAUUCUACCUCCCCAACUGUGACAAGCGUGGCCUUUACAAACCAAUGCAGUGUGAAUCCUCCCUGGACGGACAGAGGGGUCGAUGUUGGUGGGUCAACACCUGGAAUGGCAAGAAGCUUUUAGGUUCCAGCGACCUGCCUGAAGACGCAGAGUGUUCUUAA